ACAGCCAGUACUCAUGUGAUGACACAUGCGAGGAGCCGGAAAAGUGGUUCCAAAUGUUCCCUGAAUGUGGAGGGCAGAGACAGUCUCCCAUUAACAUAGUCACUAGCACAGUUCAGUAUGACCCAGCCCUGGGCCCAUUCGCUUUCGAUGGGCAUGAUCACAUCAGCAACAUCACAGUGGAUCACCUCGGACACUCAGCUCAUUUUGCUCUGCCACAAUCUAUGAGGAUCCACGGAGGGGGCCUGCCCAGUGUGUACAAGGCACUGCAGUUUCACCUGCACUGGGGCGUGAAUGCUGGGCCUGGCUCGGAGCACACGGUGGAUGGAGAGCGCUACCCCAUGGAGCUCCACAUUGUCUACAUCAAAGAAGAGUACCAGUCUCUGGAAGAGGCUGAAAGUGACAGCGCUGGAAUAGCCGUGCUUGGCUUCUUCUUUGAGGCAUCACAGGAGGACAACACUCACUUUGAUACGGUGCUAGAAGCUCUGAGGAGAGUACGCUUCAUUGGAAACACCAGCUCAGUGGCAGCCUUCAAAUUGAGUGACAUCAUUCCUCCGGCCCAUGAGCUUUCGGCCUACUACCGCUACUCUGGGUCCAUGACCACCCCUGCCUGCAACGAGGCCGUUAUCUGGACCAUAUUCCACAAGACACUGCCAGCCAGUCACAGACAACUGGUAGAAGUGGCUGGGGAGGUAUGGUACUGGACUGGGAAGCCCAUGACCAACAUCUUCAGGCCUGCUCAGCAGCUCAACGGCAGAGUGGUGUCCAGGUCCUCACCCUUGCCAGAUGAGCUUUCAGCUCUGACCGACUCUGCUGUCCCAUUUCUCUCAGGGUCUGCCUUCUGUCUGUGCUCUGUCCUUGUAUCCGUUAGCUUGUAUUGUGCGCUCUAAGCGAACAUGAAAUACGCACAUGCUCUCUAUCUUUCCUGCCGUUUCCGUUCCAGAGCAGAUGCAUUAUCUGCUAAUGACCAGAUGGUCCAUGUCUGCUUCUGUGUGGUAUUUGGUUGUUCCGUCUCCUUAUUAGGGUUAUCUGAAUGAGAUGGGAAUGAUUUAUUUAUUUAUUUUCUGGGAUACUGGUUGCCCCUUUUCCUAGCGGUAAUGAGUUGCGGAAAUUGUGUGUGAUGCCAUCAGAGCAAAGGAAAAAGGCGGACUUAGAGGCCGGAUCACCAGUUAUAAAGGCACAAUCACAGUUGAUGUAAUUGUAGGCUCUCUUGAGGUUGAAUUUCAUAUAUUCUCAAUAAAUAGAUAGGAAUCUCAUAGAAUUCAUAUAUAGGCACAAUGUCUAGAUAUGGUGCAUUAGCAAAUGUGGUAAAACUGAUAGAACAUUGUUGUAAUUGACAAUUACUAUUUUUGUAACUGACAAAAUAAACAAUGCUCCAUCAAUAUUCGACAGGCACUGAUAUUACUAACAUCGGCAUGCU